AAAGAAAGUAAAAAAAAAAAGAAGAAGAAAAAAGAAAACAAAAAUAAAAGGUGUGGAAGAGAACGUUCUGCCCCCCUUCGGAUUUUGGUGGAUUUUCAUUUUCACCGUGCAAAAGCCAAGAAACCCCUCUUCUCAUUUUCCCUUUCUCUCUCAAUCUGCCCCACUACCCAAUCUCAUUUUACUCCUCACAAAAUUCUGCCAAAUCAAGAAAGGUUGUGUCUGAAAACGAAAUCAUUCUAUCAGGCUCAUUAAUUAGUUUUCAUCAGCUCCUUGCAAGAAAAGAGCUCAGAUUCACAAACCCUUUUCUGUUCUUUGUUUAAAUUGUAAGAUUUAUAAUAAACAAAAGAAAGACCAAAGCUAAAGCCAUGGAUGCUAAUUCCUGGGCUGCUCGUUUGUCCUCCGCCUCCAAGCGCUACCAAUCUGCGCUACAAUCUCGAUCUGGAACGAGAUGGGAUAGUAUUGAUGUGGAAAUGCUCAUGGGGUUUGAGGAAAUCGACAUGGAUGAUGAUAUAAGGGAGGAAUAUCCGUGUCCUUUUUGUUCAGAAUAUUUCGACAUCGUGGGACUCUGUUGCCACAUAGAUGAUGAGCAUCCUGUAGAAGCCAAGAAUGGGUACUUGCAGCGCAAGAGGAAAUCACGAAAAGCAGGUUCACAUUCGACUCUCUCUUUCUUGAGGCGGGAGCUCAGAGAAGGGAAUUUUCAGUCCCUUUUUGGAGGCUCUUCAUGCAUUGGGUCUUCCAACAAUGCUGCAGCCGACCCAUUGUUGUCAUCAUUCAUUUUGCCUAUGGCUGAAGAUUAUGAAACUGUUCCAUCACACACUUCAGCUGAGGCAACUUUAACCAAGAAAAGUUUGAAUAAUGGCAUACCAGAGAGAACAAUUGAGGAGCCUCCUAUGUCUGUUAAAGAUAAGGAGGAGAAGGCAAAGCGGAGUGACUUUGUUCAAGGAUUGGUGUUAUCUAUGAUGAUGGUUGAUGAUAAUUUAUAAUUCUGGCAAAUGCUGCUAAAUUAUGCGGUGGAAAAUGCUGGGGUAACUGCAAGACGGGCCGCCUAUUUCGUGGCCAACUAUGCCAGGACUUGUAUUGAGAUGGAAAGCGAAAUAAGUUUGUAGCAAUAAAAUGUAAAAUUUAUGUUGUUAAAUGUAAUGGUAGUUUGCAACGGGAUUGGAUGUGUUUGGUUUCGGUUUUUGGUAUUUUAUUUUUUUUAUUUGGUGUUGUCUCAUGCUUCUAUGAUAUUAUAUUUAUGGCAUAAUAGAUAUCAUGAUUUGCAUCUUUUAGCUAGA